AUGGACGAAAGGCCGAAGAACAUGGCGAAGGAAUACCCUCAUCUCUACUCUGGGCGGCAUUCAAGGAUGGACUAUAACGUUACCGGUCAUCAUAGUACGGCACUCUCUGAACGCCCUGAGCGCAGCCGUAACGCCAAAGCCCAAGCAAGACAUCGAGCAAAGCGCAAAGCUUAUAUUGAGCAGCUAGAGCAAACUGUCACCAAGCUGCAGACGGCGUUGGGCUUCUCUCCUGACCAAGUCGCUGCACUCCCGCCUCCCUUGAUCAAGAUCAAGGAGCUCGAACAGGAAAAUGCGCGCCUUCAACGGGAAAACGACGAGAUGCGUCGCAUGCUGUCAGACCCGACACGAACCUCGCCACUCGAAUUGACACGGAGGACAUCCAUAACAACAUAUCAAGAAGCAAGAGCCUGCGACCGCGACUUCAAACGACGGAAGACCGGUAUAGAUGAUCUUUACCUGAGUCCGACCGACCCCACACCCCACAACCCUGACAUCGCCCGCCCUCCUCCUCUAACAAUUCCACAAUCCAUGGCUCAUAGCAGCUAUUCGAGCAUGCCUCAUUCCGGCGCCCACUCAUCGCAAAACUCUGCGCCUAUGUUCAGCAUGCACGCGUCGUCUUUCCAAAUGCCAGAUACGCCGUCUGGCUCAAGUUCGACCUCAAGCCCACCGUUCUCGCCCGCCCAAAUGCAACAGACGUCGCACUCUCCCGUCCAGCAGCGACCUUCAAUGCCCAGCCAUCAGUAUUAUGGCUCCGUCAAAAUGGAGGAAGACAACUACGCGGUACGCCGCCAGAGUUCUUACUAUGUUGCUCCGGAUUUGACAGACUCUCAUAGGCUUCCAAUCACCAUCACCAUGCCCCACCUCAGCACUCUCAACAUCAGCAUCAACAUUAUCCCCUGCCAAAUUCCUAUGGCCAUGCGGCAACGGGAAACGACAUGGACACAUGGCACGCGUAUUCGUCGGGGCGACCAAAUCUUCAUCGCUGAGUCCCAUCUAUUGUCGUCUAUAUAA